CCCGCGGCCAGGGCGGCGCAGACCGGCCCAGCCACUCGCCAGGGCUGCGCGCCGGGACGCGCCACCGCCACCGCCACCGCCGCCGCCGCCGCCGCGUCCGCCCUUCAGCCCCCGCUCCCGGGGUUCGAGAAGGUCUCCACCCUGGGCAGGAGGGGGGCUGUCCCAGUUCGAGGCACAUUGGGCGCCUUCUCUGUUCUUGGACAGAACAGCUACAGCUGCUUCGACGGGGCUGGGAGCCAAGCCUCAGGGAGAGACGAGCCAUGGACCCCCCAUAGCCUCAGCAUUUGGGGUCAGCGCCUUAGGAGAGCAGAGGGGCCACCUCCAUCCACCCCCUUCCACCUAGAAGGAGGGAGCCAAGAACUGGACCCUUAGCCCAGCCCACUGCCCUCCCCAGGCCCCAGGAGGGCAUGGACCAGCAGUGGUGAACUGCCAGAGCUGAUGCCGGGUCCCCAGGGGGCCGGAGGAACCCCGGCCAUGAGCCUGGGCAAGCUCUCGCCCGUGGGCUGGGUGUCCAGCUCUCAGGGGAAGAGACGGCUGACAGCGGACAUGAUCAGCCCUCCCCUCGGGGACUUCCGCCACACCAUGCACGUGGGCCGCGGCGGGGACGUCUUCGGCGACACCUCCUUCCUCAGCAACCACGGUGGCAGCUCCCGGGGCACCCACCGCUCGCCCCGCAACUUCCUGGCCAAGAAGCUGCAGCUGAUGCGAAGGGUGGGGGCACCGCCGCGGCGAAUGGCUUCCCCGCCCGCGCCGUCGCCGGCUCCGCCCGCCGUCUCCCCCAUCAUCAAGAACGCCAUCUCCCUGCCUCAGCUCAACCAGGCCGCCUACGACAGCCUCGUGGUGGGCAAGCUCAGCUUUGACCGCAGCCCCGCCACCUCCACGGACGGCCACUCCAGUUACGGCCUGGACUCUGGAUUCUGCACCAUCUCCCGCCUGCCUCGUCCAGAAAAGCCUCGUGACCGAGACCGUGAGAACUCCUUCCCCUCUGAGCCUGAGCUUCGCCGCUCUGACUCCCUCCUGUCCUUCCGCCUGGACCUCGACCUUGGCCCCUCUCUCCUCAGUGAGAUGCUGGGGGUCAUGAGCCUCUCAGAAGCCUCUGCGGCUGAGACCCCAGCCCCAGCCCCUGCUGCAAAUUCCCCAGCCCCAGCUGCAAAUCCCCCAGCCCCAGCUGCAACCCCCCUGUCCCCUCUGGGAAAGCCCUCAGGCCCUGCCUCCAGCCCCCCACCCCGUGGACACUGCCCCAAUGGGGUAACUGCUAGGUUGGGCUCAGUGGCUGAGGCCAGGGCCGGUCCAGUAGGACAGCAUCCCCCAGCACCUGCUGACAUGGCCCCUGGCCGGCGCUGGGGAGCAGGCUGGGGUGGCAGCCAAAGCAGCCGCCACUACCCUGAGGUGGAUGCUCGGCGGGAGCCAGCGGGGAUGCUGUCCCAGGCCCAGUCCUCUUGGGAGAGCCUGGACGACGAGUGGGGGGCAGCCCAGGCAGGCAGCAGGGCCCCCGUGCCCAGCACGGUGCAAGCCAACACCUUCGAGUUCGCUGAUGCUGAGGAGGAUGACGAGGUCAAGGUGUGAGCCGCUGGGCACGGGCUCCGGGCACUGCCUAUGGACAGCCCAGGGGCAGAGCCAGCCCCUCACCUGCCAGGCGGGUCCUAGAUCCCUCCUCACCUCUGCAGGCCAGACAUGGGAGGGAGGCCAGAGGAGACCAAGCUCGUUCCAGGCCCCCGGUGUUCCCCUGGGUCCUGCUGGGCUGACCUGCCUCCCCACCUCCUCCCCCCCGCCCAACCCUCGCCCCACUGCCACUCUGGACCCAGUAGCCAUUCCCUGGGGCCACCUCCACCCCAUGCCACCCCCACCAGCUGGAGGGCCAGCCUCACAGGGCAGCCUUUGUGCUGAGAAAGCUGCCCUCCACGGUUGGGGGCUGGGGAGCACACCACACAGAGCCUUUGUCUCCUCUCCCAAAGGGACCGUGUGCCCCAGCUCAUCCUGGAGUUGCCCCCAGCAGGGUCGCCAUCGCCUGCCUGAGAGCCGCAGCCCUCGCUCAGGCUGCCACCCCAAUAUUCCCACCGCCGCCCCUACUUGUCCCAGAAGCCUCAGAGAAGAAAAUCAGGUGUGACUUCAGAGCAGGUGAAACGCCACCUUCCUGUGUGCACCCAGACCUGCCUCUGGGACCCGAUUAAAAAAAAGGCUUUUUUGAUAAAAA